CGAAGGCAUGUUCUAGUCAACAUCCGGAUACCGAAAUUGGCAUACCGUACCGAAAAUUACCCGGACUUAACCGUAAUUUAAAAAAAAAAACCGGUUUUGCUGUUACGAAGUAAAGAACACUCGGAUCGAUCAACCAGUGGAAAUGGCUCAUGUAUGUGCGACCCUGGCUCUAGUGGCUAUGUUGGUGAUGUCGCAGGGAGUCAACGCUAAACGCGGGUGUUCAGCUUUCGGCCACUCCUGUUUCGGCGGCCACGGCAAGAGAUCGGAUUCUGCAAUGGACAUGGCUAACCCGGAGAUGAUGGGAAGACGUCAACUGGGGCAGGAGGAGACACCGCCUCACCCCGGCUACCCUCAUUCGGCAUACGGCCUGCUGCCUUCUGGUGACGACAUCAUUCCUGUCAGAGACGGAGGUGUAUACGAUCGCGAUGACGCGGCUGCGCGGGAGGUGAUGAAGCUGAAACUUCGCAAUAUUGUCAAACAUUGGAUGGACACCUACAGGCGAUCACAGCAGACCGACGACGGCUAUAUCGUGGAGUCCUUGUAAAUAACUGUUAUUAUUGCAUUACAUUUAAUACCCGUUGUACCGGUACCUACCAUACUGCUGGAAUAAAUAAUAUAUACAUCUAAUUAACACGUUCACUGUAUUUCCCUUAAAAUGUAUCCAAGACAUGUAUAGUGUACUUCUAAAAUGUACUAGAUGCAUCAUUCUCUUCGAAUUUUAAAAUAAUAAUGGUUAGUGUUGGGAAAGGAAAGAUAAAAGAAUAAUUCGAAUUCAUUUUCCAUUUUUAAAUGUUUAAAUUUGGAUUUAAAAUUUUAAAAGUAAGUUUUAAUAAAGUAUACUGGUAAAAUGCAGAAAUAAAUAAUAUAUUUAAUUUUCGAACGCGGAAUUCUGAAUUCCAGAUCAAAUUCUGAAAAAAGUCUGCAAUAACAUAUCUGCGUGCUUUUUCAAAUCUAUUUCAUAAAGGGACAUGCUUCAUAAACUGCUUUAGUAAAGGUUUUUUUAGGUAUCACAAAGGUUAUUUUUUCAUAGAAGAAUGGUUAAAAGAAAGUGAUAUAAUAUGAGAUAGUACCGAAUGACAAAAUAAGUAUCUCGAUUUAAGCGUCUAUAAAAUAUAUUAAAGUAAUUACUUGGAAAUUGGUCUACUAUAAAAUUUUCGAGAAUUUCUAAGAUUGCAAUAAACAUAAUGUUCUAUUCUAGGUACCUAAAUUAAAUUUUCUGGUCAAUUAUAAAUUGUAUCACAUAAAUAAAUAUUAUAUAAAUGUUUUGUAGAUACGAACUGUUUUACUAUAUUAGUACGUUUUCUUAUUUUAAGAUAAAAAUCUAUAUUUUUGUGAGAA